AUGCUUCUACGACCGAGGACGUUGCGCGUGCUUCGUGGCGUGUCGCAGCAGCAUGUGAGGACAUUUGGCUUCUCCAGCUCCUCUGCGCCGCCAUCGGCCCCUCCAAUGGCCAACAUUCCCAUGCCCUACAUUGAGGAAUCAUCGGCUGCUGGCAGAAAGACUUGGGACAUCUUUUCCAAGCUCCUACAGGAACGCAUCAUCUGUCUCAAUGGCGAAAUCAACGAUUACAUGUCCGCUUCCAUAGUCUCCCAGCUACUAUGGCUCGAGUCCGAUACCCCCGAUAAGCCCAUCACGAUGUACAUAAACUCUCCCGGCGGCUCGGUCACGUCAGGAAUGGCGAUUUACGAUACUAUGUCAUAUAUCAAAUCCCCCGUGUCGACGGUCUGUGUCGGUGGUGCCGCGUCCAUGGCCGCGAUUCUCUUGGCGGGAGGUGAAGCUGGCAAGCGAUUCUCGCUACCGCAUAGCUCCAUCAUGAUCCACCAGCCAUUGGGAGGAACCCGGGGACAAGCUUCAGAUAUCCUGAUUUAUGCGAACCAGAUCCAAAAGAUACGAGAGCAGUCGAAUCAGAUCAUGCAAUACCACCUCAACAAGGCCAAGGGCCACGACAAGUACACGAUCGAGGAGAUCAACGACUUAAUGGAGCGAGACAAGUACCUGUCGCCAGAUGAGGCCUUGGAGCUGGGUGUUAUUGAUGAGAUUCUGACGAAGCGACCCGACUCGGAGCAGGAGAAGAAAGACGGACAAUCGGAAGCUCCCAAGACCAGCUAG